CUGGCUCUACGGGUGCAAAACGUGAAAGUAGUGAGAGGUGCGGGAAAGCUUUCGGGACUCUGAGCUUCAUGAAACGGGAACGACAGUAACAAGUAACAGUGAGGCAAACAUUUUGGAUUUGGAAUAAUAUGUAUAUAUAAAGGUAUUUUGAGCAGUUUUGAGAGAAGUGAAACCACAGUGAAGUAGAAACAUGGCGGAAACCAGAGUUUCCCAGGCAGCAGAGGCUUCUCAUGGCAGCCGGGCGGUUUGUGUGUUUGACUGUCGCCCCCAAAAUAAAGAAGCUUCUCGAAAGCUGCUGGAUCUCAGCGGCGUGAGCUACAAGCAGUUCCUGUGUGCUGUGCGCAAGGCGUUUUCUAUCUCUGUAAAUGAAAACAUUGUGAUCACAACGACAGAUCGCAGGGAGAUCGAUUCAGAUAUUUACAAUGAAUUAUCAGAUGGCAAAACUUUACACCUGCUACAGUCUGUGGAUCAGGAGUUGGCUGUGGCAACUGAAGAACAAAUCAAGUACGUUCCCCAUUUCCACACCAUUGUGCAGAGUGGCCAGUAUGAGUACUAUGCCAGCGAAGGACAGAAAGCACUGCCCUAUGCCUUUGCUGAGCUUAUUGAUAAUGCACUUUCUGCAACCGCACAUAAUCCUGGAAUCAGGAGCAUCGACAUAAGAUUGUUUUUUGAUGAGUCUCAAGGUGGACCGGCAGUAGUAGUGAUGGAUAAUGGUCGUGGAAUGACCUCAAAAGAGUUAAAUAACUGGGCUGUUUAUCGCCUUUCCAAAUUCAACCGAGAUGACCGCGCUUUUAGGAGCAGUGAUGAGUCAGGAUAUGUGCGUCCCAGUGCAGUCCCUCGCAGUCUGAACAGUGACAUCUCCUACUUUGGCGUUGGAGGCAAGCAGGCUGUGUUUUAUAUAGGCCAGUCUGUACGGAUCAUAAGUAAGCCAGUUGGCUCUCCAGAUGUACAUGAGUUUGUCAUGUCUAAAGAAGACUUUGAGCAGAAGGAGAAAAACAACAAAGAAAUUUAUUCCGGUUUCAUCCGGAACAGGAAGCCAGGAUAUGCCGCUCAUUUGAGAGAGGAUGAAGAUCGUUUCUUGCAGCCUCUGGUUCUGGAAGAGGAAGGCAAGGAAAGUUUUACCACUAUAGUCAUAACUGCAGUCCAGCCAGAGCAUGUUGCUUACCUAAAACAGGAUUUCGACUCCUGGACCAGAGAGCUGGCGCACAUCUAUCAUUACUAUGUUCAUGGUAUACAUGGAAAUGACAUGAGAGAAGGACAAGCCCCCAAAACCAUGUCAAACAUAGACAUUCAGAUAUGUUUAAUUGAUCGGAACAGUCGUUUGUCAAGGCAACGCAAUCUAAAAGAGAUAAAAAAGGACAUGCAGACUCUAUAUAUAAACUCCAGUGUGGCAGAGUUUGAGUUUAAAGCCAGCAGAAAAGGAGAUGCCAAAGUAGAGGGACUGCUAAGAUAUCAUCCUUUCCUGUAUGAUCGAGAAACCUAUCCAGAGGACCCAUAUGCACAUACAUCAGCUCCAGAGAGUGACGAAGACGGUUUUGUUUCACAUGCUGAUGGCAGAGGGAAAAGACCUAUCUUUGAAUGCUUUUGGAAUGGGCGAUUAAUUCCUUAUUCUUCUGUUGAUGAGUUUGGGUGGUGUGCAAGAUCCAAGAAAGCCACUUCAGUCCCAUUAGAAUGUUAUAAUAGGAUCUCAGGCGUUCUCUUCACGAAUGACCGUUUUCAAGUCAGCACCAACAAACUCACUUUUAUGGAUCUGGAAUUACAGCUACGUGACAAAGAUACUAUCUUUACAAGAGUUCUCAAUGGCCAGGAGCAAAGAGUCACGAUCAACCGAGAGUUCACAAAUUGGUUAAAAGAAUGCCAUGAAAAAUAUGACAAACAGGUGAAGUUCGUUGGUUUCCAAGGUGUAAUGACUCGCACAGACGUGCAACCUAAACGCUUGCAGUCACCAUGGGCUCAGUACAAAGAAAUUUUGUGGGAUGGUAAAACCUACAAAACUGGACAGAAGGUGAAGACAUUGAAAACUAUUCUUUAUGGCACAAUAAAGCAGUUUUUGCUCUAUGGGGACCACGAAAAAGAUGUCUUUGCCACCGGGGGGUUUGUCCAAAUUGCACUGGAACCGAAGGAGUUGUACGAUGAAGUUAGGAUCAUCCCCAUUUCUAAGAUCGACAGACAGGCUGUGGAUGCUGAGAUCAAGAGAAGCAUCGAGAGUGAACUGGACAAACUUCCUGAAAAGUUGAGAGUCACAUGGCCAGAGGGAAACCCAUGGCCUGAGAAAGCUGUUCUACCAGCUGGGACUCCCAUGGGUCCAAUCCAAGUUGAGAUUUUGAAUAAAAAAGGGGAGACAAUGUCACGGUUGCCUGUAUCCAGUGUUGCUUCUAAGAAGUUCCAGAUUGACCUCAAGGUGGUCUGGCACUCUCCAAAAGAGGAUAUCAAAACCAACUCUCUGACUGGCGUGCACUCAUCCAAGUGGGAGUACUGGUUCAAAAAAAUGGAAAAUUUAAAUAAGCUUGGGACGUACACACUUCAUCUACAAACUAUACUGAGUGACGGUGAUUCCCAAAUGAAUGAGUGGGCUGGAAGACGACUGCCUUAUUAUACACUUAACUUCAGUAUUAAAGAAAGCAAUGCAGCAGCUUUCGCAGUGGGGAGUGUUCCUUCUCCUGUUCAGGUGGGGGUACCCUUUGCGUUGCCGCUACAUUUUACAGAUGCAUUUAAUCAUCCAACUCGGCCACCUUCUGACAUCAAACCCCAGCUAGAGUGCAGGUCAAUGAAAUUGAACUACGAACAGACAAAUUCAAGUGAAACUAAUUUCAUCAUCCAAGACCUGAGAGUCAUUGGUCAAGUAACCAACAAUCAGGACAAGAUACACAAUGUAAAGGUAACGAUUCCAGGCCUCAGACCAGACUCUCAGUCUUUCCAGAUUAUUGUCUGUCCGGGCCCUCCGCAUCACCUGGUUGUGAUGCCUAAAGAUGAAGUUUGCAUAGAGAAUGGUACACCAGCAGACUUCAAAGUAGAAGUUCAGGAUGAGUUCCAUAACAUCACGACGCAUUCCAAACUUAUUGUCCGCUGCCAGUUAUUUGGAUCCCCUGGUUUGCCAGCUGACACUGUUGACUGCAGUAAUACUGGUUGUGGUUUACUGCUAGGAAAACCAAUACAACUGAAGAACGUCACCAAAGAGCAUACCCUUACUGCAAAAUUUGGAAUUCCUAAUCAAAAGGCUGUGGCUUGUGUGGAGAGAACAAUUCGCAUUUUGCCAAGCACCCGUGUCUUCCGUAUCGAGAUCUACAGGCAGGAGGAGGAUGAUUCGGAUGAUGUCCUGGUUCUUCAGAAUAAGGAGUGUAUUAAGUGGACGGCAGGUGACACGCUCGGGAGCCUGCGGUUUAGACUGUACGAUGAGGGGGGCAGGCAGGUGGCUUUAACACCGAAACUUGCCCAGAACAUAAAGGUGAACUGGGCCGCAAAUAUUAAAGCUACAGAAUUGGCAAAGGGAAAACUACCGUGUGUGUGUGUCCCCACAAAAGCACAUGGAGAACAAUUUUAUCAGGUGGCAUUUCAGGAUCAGUACACGGUUGACACAUCCUUUACCAUUAUCCCACGGCCGGAUGAGCCUAAACGGUUGAGGGUUACUCUGAGUGAGACAACUGUCAAGAUGGGAGAAACUCUGCCUGGAAAUAUUUGUGUUGAGGUGAUUGAUCAGUAUGGCAAUAAGACAGAUGCUCUAAGUGCUGAGAGCAUGAAGGCAGUCAGUGUGUCUGCAGAUAACCUUGAUGAAUCAGCCCUGAAUUUCGACUGGCAGGCCAGUACAGGGACAAUGGUGGUGACUGGCAUUCGCUUUACAGAAGGCUUCCCUGGUCCAAAGGAGUUGUGUUUUAAGUACCAAAAUUUUGAGGAGUUUGCCAGAGUAAAAGUCAGUGCUGGACUGCCGGCAAAAAUCACUCUGCUGAAGGCUCCCGAAGUGCCCUUACAUGUGAUAAAUGGACAAGGUUUGGACACGCCAUUCCUGCUACAGUUAUGUGACGAGUGGGGAAAUCCUGUUCCAGAUCAGCGUGUUGUCAUAGCAAUUAAAACUCUCUCACCACAACUCAAGGUUAAAUCUUCGGUGAUGUCCCAGCCUGUGGAUGCAGAAGGAAAGGCCAGCUUUAUACUGGAGACCAUAACAGCGACAGCAGGAGAGCAUGAGCUGGAGUUCCGAGGAUCCUUUAGUAGAAACAGUACUAUUUCUGGCCCAGUUGUGAAGCUCUGUGUGAUGCCUGAUCCCAACAACCCUGUUAAGCUUCGUGUAGAAUAUGACCGUGAAGCCAUCUUAAGAGCAGGAGCUAUUUUCCCUGUGUUCAUAGUAACUGUACUCUCUGAAGAGGGUGGGCCUGUGAAGAAUGUAAGUCCAUCCAAUCUGUCUAUGCUACUUUGGCAAGGCUUGGCUUCAGGAUCUCGUCCUCCACCUGGAGUAAUGGCACUUAAAUGUAGUAAACCCAAGGACAAGAAAAAUGACGACCACUUUUACUUCAGAGAUAAACAGAUUCCUCCCCGCGUCGGAAAGUAUGUGGUGCAGUUUAUCUUGGCGGCAGAAAAAAGCAAGUCCCUCUGGAGCAGUCAGAUUGCUCUGAAUAUUCUUCCCAAUAAGCCAGUCAAACUCGUCCCAGACACACCCCCUGGAACUCCUGUGGUCUCCAACAGCAGCACUGUAGCUGAUCGCACUCUUCUUGAAAGGCUAUGCUUGAAGAUUAUGGAUGAGUACAAUAAUCCAGCUGGUAUGGGGAUUAAUGGAAAGGUGAUUCUGACUGUGACGACUCUUGCUGAUGCAGAAGAUCUUCCUAUGUUUGAGAACAAGGCCAAGAGUCUAACAUAUGAGCUUAUUAAUGGGGAGACUCUUAUCACUGACUUGGCACUUAUGGAGAAUAGUCCAGGGACUGAUGGCGCAGUGUACACACUCCAGUUCUGUCCAGUGCUUGAAGGCCCUAAACCUGAGGCCACCAUCCCUCCUUUUAAUUUGCCCUUCAGGUUCUACAAUGAUGCAGAGAACCAGAAAGUUAUGGCUGCUAUGAGUAAGAAGAAAGACCAUCUGUCUCGGUCUAUUGAAGUCUACAAAGAGGUUUUGGAGACCAACAAACAACUCACAACUGAACUGAAGGGUCAAGUGCAAGAUGCAUCUAGUAAAGAGACCCAGCUGAAAUUGGAGCUCAAGAAAAAUGGCGUAGAUGUUUCAAAAUUAACUGAUAUGAAGUCAGUUGAAGGUUUAAUUACGCAGAUGACUGCAGAUUUGGACAGGCUACAGAAACUGCCCCGUCGAAAAUGUACCAUGCCUGAUCCAUUCAGAGGAAGCCAAGAUGUCCUAGGAAAGAUAGCACACCUAGCACUGGUGAAGGAUGACGAUGUAGCCAAAGUCAUUUCCUGGCAUCUUCUUGGUGACAUGGACUGUGUGGUUACUGUGACUACAGCUGCCGCAAAAAAAAUCUAUGAUGAAACACAGGGACAGCAACAAGUCAUGCCCCUAGAGACAAUUUUUUGGAAACCAAAUAACAGGCCUCUGCCCCACAUCAGGAGUGGUCAACUUUUGUUCCCUCCAUUAGGAAACCCCGUGUUUGUCAGAGAUCUGCUCAUUUUUCCUGAGCAUGCAGAAAGCUGCAAAAAGGUUUUCUCCAAUGUUCUUGGCGACACCAUAUUAGUGGAUGAUUUGGAUUCCGCUAACCAUUACCGCAAGGGGGUUGUCCAGAGUAAGAUACAAUGCCCUACCCUGCUGACGCGGAAAGGUGAGCGUAUCCGUAGUAAUGGGAAGUUUGGUGGUUUACAAAACAAGGCUCCACCAAUAGAGAAGCUGAGAGGACACGUGUUUGGAGCACCAGUGUCUCAAGAAUAUCACACCAUAUGCCAGAAGAAGGAGCUGCUGCAACAGUACUCUCUAGCUAUACAGAAGGCAGUACAGGUCAAGGUUGAUUAUGAGCACCACAUAGAGUAUCUACAAAGUCCUAAGAUGAAACAGACGCAGCAGGAGCUCCAACAGCAAGAGAAGGAGCUCCAUGACAUCGAGCAAAAACUUGCCAGCACUCCUGUGCGCACUUCUCCUGGUUCCUUAAAAAGAAACCUUCAAGAUGAUGUUGAUGCGUCCCUUCCGGCAAAAAGGGUUCGACGUAAAACUCGAAAACUACUGGAUUUUUAAACGGCAUCAUCUCAGACCAACAAGCAAAAUAAUCACAAAAUAAACUGUUUAUAUUAACUGCUGCAACAUUUUAGAAAAAGAUGUUGUUUUAUAAUUUUCUAUCAAAGAGUGAAGUAUUUCUGUUUCCCGUCUUUAGUACCUGUUUUUAGUUGGAGCAUUUUGUGUGUACGUGUAUUAGUACCAGUCAAAGGAUUGGACACGCUCUAAUUCACUGUUUUGUUUUUUGUUUGUUUGGGGGGGGAUUCAUUAUUUUUAUUAGAUACUUCAUGUCUUAAAGUAAUGAUGGAUGUCGUUUCUCUUUACUUAGUUGAGCGGUUCUUGACAUAAUAUGGAUUAUUACAGUUGUGGAAUAGGGCUAUUUACUGUAUUUUUAUUAUUUCCUGUUUACUGUUUGAUCUCAAACGCAUUAAGGAAUUCCCCUAAUUAACUUUUGACGAGGCACAGCUGUUAAUUGAAAAGCAUUCCAGGUGACUACCUCAUGAAGCUGGUUAAGAUAAUGCCGAUAGUGUGGAAAGCAUCAUCAAGGUAAACGCUGGCUACUCUGAAGAAUCUAAAAUAUGAAACAGAUAUGGUUUCGUACAUUUUUUUAAACCACAUAAUUCCAUGUAUGUUCCAUGUGUUAUUUCAUAGUUUGAUGUCUUUUAGUAUUGUUCUAUAAUGUAGGAAAUAGUCAAAAUACAGAAAAAUCUAUGAAUGAGUAGGGGUGUCUAAACAUUUGACUGGUACUAUAUGUAAAAGUAAUUAUUGUUACAUAUUUUAUAUGUCAAACUGAUUUUCUUUGAUUUAAAUGGAAAGGGAACUUAAGUUAUGGACCAUGUCCAUGCUGAUCUUUGUAUGUUUUUUUUGUAUGUCAAGAAAGAAGGAAAAUAUAUGUUUUUACUUAA